ACACACUUUAAUGUCCUUAAGAUCAACACACAAAAAGUUUCGUGGAACACAAGGAACUAGUUCCGUGGGACAGAAGCAACACAAGAAGAUGCUUCAGACAGGAGUAAUAUGGGGUUUAACUGGCACGACCAUGACGAGCUUUAUGUUCUUCUGGGCGAUGUACAAACAAUUCGUCCCACCUCAUCUCCGAGCCUACGUGGAGAGAUACUUCUACAAGAUGAUAAGAUGGAUCUCUCCUAACGUUCACAUCAAAUUCACUGAGUACACAGAUGAAGGUCUCAAGAGAAGCCAAGCCUAUAACACUAUACGAAACUACUUGUCCUCGAAAUCAACGGCUCUUGCGAAGAGAUUAAAGGCCAACGAAUCGAAAAACAGCAAAUCUUUGGUGCUUAGUAUGGAUGAUCACCAGGAAAUUGAAGAUGAGUUUGAAGGUGUGAAGGUGAAGUGGUAUUCAAAUGUGAAAGUGACUCAAACUCAGUCUAACUAUGGUCGAAGCAUCUCGGACGAGAGAAGGUAUUUUACGCUUACUUUCCAUAGGCAACAUAGAGGGAUGGUCAUUGAGACUUAUCUUGAUCAUGUUUUGAGAGAAGGGAAAGCUAUUGGGUUGAAGAACAGAGAGAGGAAGCUUUAUACUAAUAACUCGAGUCAAGAUUGGUACUCUUGGAGAACUGCAAAGUGGAGUAAUGUUCCUUUUCAUCACCCGGCUACGUUUGAGACUUUGGCUAUGGAUCCUUUAAAGAAAGAAGGGAUUAAGAAGGAUCUGAUAAAGUUUAGUAAAGGAGAAGAGUACUAUAGGAAGGUUGGAAAGCCAUGGAAGCGCGGUUAUCUCUUGUUUGGACCGCCCGGGACAGGGAAAUCGACGAUGAUAGCUGCAAUAGCAAACUUCUUGGACUACGAUGUGUAUGAUCUUGAGCUAACGACUGUGAAAGAUAACUCAGAGCUGAAGAAGCUGUUGCUGGAUACAAGUGGUAAGUCUGUCAUUGUUAUUGAAGAUAUCGAUUGCUCGCUUGAACUUACCGGGCAGAGAAAGAAGAAAAAGGAGGAAGACGAUGAAGAGGAAAAGAAAGAAGAUGAGAAGAAGUCGAAGCGAGAAAAAGAUGAGAAGCUGAGUAAAGUUACUCUAUCAGGGUUAUUAAACUCCAUUGAUGGGUUAUGGUCAGCUUGUAGUAGUGAGAAGAUCAUAGUGUUCACAACUAAUUUUGUGGAUAAGCUUGAUCCGGCAUUGAUACGUAGAGGAAGAAUGGACAACCAUGUUGAGAUGUCUUAUUGCAAGUUUGAAGCAUUUAAGGUUUUGGCCAAGAACUACUUAGAGAUUGAAACUCAUGAUUUGUUUGAAGAGAUCGAAAGAAAGCUCGAAGAAACCGAUAUGUCUCCAGCGGAUGUAGCUGAGACUUUGAUGCCUAAAUCUGAUGAAGAAGAUGCAGAUCUUUGUAUCAAGCGCUUGGUCAAAACUUUGGAGGAAGAGAAGGAAAAAGCAAAGAAGUUGGCUGAGGAAGAAGAGAAGAAGAAAACAGAGAAAGAAGCGAGAAAUAAGAAGAAAGCAGAGGAAGAAACAGAGAAGAAGAAAACAGAGGAAGAAGAGAAGAAGAAAAAAAUAGAGAGUGAGGAGAAGAAGGUGAAGGGGGCAGAAGCAAAUGGUAUCAACUAAAACUAUUUUAGCAAAAAAUAGUUAUAGCUAGAAUUAUUGUGUGUUAAAGUUUAUAUAGUUUGGUAUUGC